UAGAAGUGAAAUAUGUCAUGUAGUGUCGGUUUCCAGUAAGAAAUUGCAAUAGUGCUUUAGUUUGAAUAACGCCGGUAUUGUUAUCUUAGGCUGCGGCAAGGAUCAGCUGUUGUCGGCGCAUGUGCAGCUGCGAGGGGAGCUCCGGCCCCGGCUCGCCAUUGACGCGCGGCCGCCCGAGGCGCUCACACGGUGGUGUCGGCGUGCAUUACACUAACGGCGAAACUUGUGUCGAUGGACGCGCAUCAAACGGUGUGAUCGGUCGCUCCGGCAGUGCGAUACUAGUGUAUAAUAGUCGCGUGGCCUAUUGGGAUCGUCGCCAGCAUGGACGCGGUACUGGCAGCGCUCGUGGCGCUCAUGGCACUGGCCGCCGCGAUGGCCGCCGUGCUGAGCACGCUCUCCAAAGCCGCGAUUUUCGCUCUCCUGGCGAUCGCGCCCUGUGUAUACCGCUACAGGAAACGCAUUUACGUAAUCGUCAAGACUCUACCCCGGGAUCUCAAAUUCUUGUGCCGCUACGUGAAAGGUAUCGUCCGACAGAAGAUAUGGGGGCGACAGGAUGCCACGGUCGCGGGGCUGUUCACAAAACGCGCGGCGCUCAUGCCCGACGCUCCUUGCUUCAUUGUCGUCGGAGACCGUACCUGGACCUACAAAGAGAUGGCUGCCAAAUCUAACCAAGUGUCACGCGUGAUGCAAGAGCACGUCGAUCUGAAGCGCGGCGACGUGGUGUGCGUGUUCAUGCCCAACUGCGCCGAGUACGUGUGGACGUGGCUCGGCAUGGCCAAGCUCGGCGCCGUGUCUGCGCUCAUCAACAGCAACCUGCGCCACAAGCCGCUGCUGCACUGCAUCCAGGUCGCGAAGGCCAAGGCCAUCGUGUUCUCCGAUCAGAUGGCCGACGCCGUGGCCGAGGUCCGCAGCCAGCUGCCGGCUGACAUGAAGCUGUUCCAGUUGUACGGCACGCCGGCUCCCGGCGUCCUGGACUUCGGCGCGGAGAUGGAGCGCCACCCGCCCGACUACCUGCUGGUCACCGAUCCGCCGCACUACAAGGACACGCUGCUCUACAUCUACACUUCGGGCACGACCGGGAUGCCGAAGGCUGCGGUGCUGCCUAAUUCCAAGUACCUUCUAAUCGUGUUGGCAACAGUGCACAUGCUGGGGCUGAAGUCUUGGGACCGAAUGUACAACCCGCUGCCGAUGUACCACACGGCGGGCGGCGUGGUGGGCACGGGCGCGGCGCUAGUGGAGGGCAUCCCGUCCGUCGUCCGCCCCAGGUUCUCCGCCUCCAACUACUGGACUGACUGUAUCAACUAUCAGUGCACGGUGGCGCAGUACAUCGGCGAGAUGUGCCGCUACCUGCUGGCGCAGCCGCCGCGCCCGAGCGACGCGCAGCACCGCGUGCGCAUCAUGGUGGGCAACGGCAUGCGCCCGGCCAUCUGGCAGAGCAUCGUUGACAGGUUCAAAGUGCCCCAGAUAAAUGAAAUUUACGGUGCGACGGAGGGCAACGCCAACAUAAUAAACGUGGACAACACAGUGGGCGCGGUGGGCUUCCUGCCGAAGCUGCUGCCGGCGAGCGCGCUGCCCAUCGCCGUGGUGCGCGUCGACGAGCAGGGCGCGCUCGUGCGCGGGCCCGAUGGCUUCUGCAUCCGCUGCGACCCGGGCGAACCGGGGAUGUUCAUCGGUCUCAUUGCACAGGGGAAUGCUUCGAGGGAAUAUUACGGUUACGUCGACAAGACCGACAGCAACAAGAAGCUAGAGCGCGAUGUGUUCCGAAAGGGCGACGCGGCGUUCGUCAGCGGCGACCUCCUGGUGGGCGACGAGCUAGGCUACCUGUACUUCCGCGACCGUACGGGCGACACGUACCGCUGGAAGGGCGAGAACGUGUCCACGGGCGAGGUGGAGAACGCGCUCAGCGCCAGCCCCGCGCUCGGCAACCGGGAGGCCGUGGUGUACGGCGUGUCGAUACCCCAUAACGAAGGGCGAGCGGGCAUGGCGGCCAUCGCGGACCCGGCGCGCUCGCUGGAGCUGGCGCGGCUGGCGCGCGACGUGGACGACGCGCUGCCCGCCUACGCGCGCCCGCUGUUCCUGCGCCUCGUCGACGACAUCGACAUCACCAGCACGUUCAAACUAAAGAAGCUGCAGUACCAGAAGGAGGGCUUCGACCCGGACGUGAUCCGCGAGCCGCUGUACUUCCGCGCCGGCGCGCAGUUCGUGCCCGUCACCUCCGAGCUGUUCCGCGACAUCUGCAGCGGCCGCGUCAAGCUCUAAGCGCCCGCCCGCGCCCGGCGCAGGCGGGACACGCGUCGACAGCACAAGGGGCGCGUGCCAUUCACAGACACAUUGGGCUAUGAGCGCAAGUAUGAAAGCGACAACGUUACAGUUUGAUAUUGAUUAAGUUAUGUGUCGCUCGAGUGUCGAACACGAUGAUAGACGAUAAAAGGGCAACCAGCAUCUUAGGCACGCCGGACCAUAUUAUACCUUCCAACCUGGCAAUUUGCCGUAUGUUUCUGAUUCGACAAUUAUAUUUACAUAUCGACCCAGAAAUCUACGUACGGCCAGUUAUUCGUAACAUACCUACAAUUAGAGAACUAGGUAAACCUAACGUUGUUAUUUUAUAACUGCGCUUAAAACUCAAUGUUAAGAGGCAAGACGCAUGAGCUUCAUAGAAAAUGUCUUUUAUAACAAGUAAUAUUUUCGUGUUGUUUUCUGCGUAUUUACAAACUCAUGCGCCUCUGGCCUCUACUCGAUGCGUUAGCACUAUUCUUUCACCGCACUCCCCAAUCAAAGGAAAAAGUGUCGAGGUCUGCUAUAAAAGUCAAAAAUUUUGCUCCAUUAAUUAACAUAAAAUAUAGUAAUUACCUGUCCUUAUAAGCCGGUACUUAGCUUUCUUUAGCACGGUUUUUUGUGAUUUGGUACAGGGUCGGAGCUAGUAGCGACAUUGAUGUUUUACUUAGGCCGUGUUGAAAACGCUGGUCUGAGACUAAAGUGAAGGCGGAUAAUUGAUUUAUACGAUUAAUUGAUGCUGUACUAUAAUUAGAUUACCCUACAUUUACGAUGAUUAUAAUGUUUAGGUAAUAUUUUUACGUUGUUAACUUAUUUAGUGGAAGUGUUUUCUUUGCACUUUUUUUGUGAAAUUCACUAUAAUAUUCUCAUGCGGUUAUCGGUAUUUUACUUGCUAGUAAAAUGGUGGUAGAACUAUUCCCGUGAUUAGCAUGUUACUGUUGGUUUCUGAAUGUUUCAAAUCAGCGAGUGUUGUGGUGGAGCAGGCGAGCAGUCAAUUAGAUGCGUAGGACAUGUUCAAUAAACACCUGUUUAUAUUUAUUUGCGUAAUUAUAUUUCCUGACAUAUAUAGUGACAAGCACUUGGGUCCGACGCAUUUUUUUUAUAAAUAUUUUAAAUAAACAUGGCAGUUGGUAGUAUUUUGGUAUCCUGAAAUAUUUUUUGUAUAUUUAUUUCAAUUAAUUACCUAUAUGUAUAUAUAUGUAAGAGACUACUGAAAAAUGCCACACACCCUUAUAAAUAAUAGAAGUCAUCCGUAUGCGGAAUUAUAGAUAUUUUGAAAUAUUCCAAUUUUUUUUAUAAUUUUACAGCCUUCCUAAUGUUAUAUCCUAAUCACUUUGAAGCAAUAAAUAUUAUCUAAAAUGUUUACAUAUAUUAUUAUUAACACUAAUAAGAAUGUGAGAACAAAUAUUUAGUCUAAUACAAAUAUAUAUAUUAUGUAGAUAAAUUAUAUUGUAGAUAACAUUCCACCAUCUAGUCUCAUAAGCAGUUUAUUUGGGAAAAAAGUUCACCCAGCAUUCUUUAUGAUAGAUCUUUAAGUUCCUGUUUCAAACAUAAGGUUUUUUUUAGUUUUAAGACAGUUAUUUCGAUGGAACGUCUAUUAUAUUGUUUGAAAAAUUGUUUCAAAUAUGUGUUGCGUGCAACUGAAAAAACCAAAUUUGGAAAAACAAAGCGUAACAGUACAAACUUUAUAUAUAGACAUUCCAUUUAGAUAUCUGUGCCUUGCAACAAAUUGCACUUAGAACACGUACCUAGUGCGCCGUCGAACUACGCUCCGAAUUUGUUAAAUAUAUAAGUUGUAAAUAAAUACUUAAAUUAUA